AUGAAACGCAGGUCGACAGCGGAUUCCAGUCCAAGUCUCACAAAGCAACCCCGCCAGAACCCUGUAUCCUGCGAGUCUUGUCGAAAGAAAAAGCUCAAGUGCGAUCGUAAUUUUCCAUGCGGCAGCUGUACCACGCGCAGACUGUCCUGUGUCUUCGAAAGUCCGGGCCCUUUACCACUAAGGCACUUGGUCAAUCAGGGGAGCCAAACGGAAAAGCGACCUUCGUCGAAUAACCAGGACGUGCCGCGACAACAGCGGACUUCCCACGCCGAGGCCCGGAAUAUUAAUCGAGAUGAUGCUCUGGAGACUGCAGACUGGUUAGAAACUAUUGUCAUGGGGCAUCGUGUUCCUAGUGCUGUUUCCGCCCUGCAAAGAGACGAGCUAUCACACUCCUCGCGAAUAGCCGUGUCGCAGGGAAACCCAAGCUCCGAACCGUUGUGCUUUCUGUUUGGUAAGGGCAAGAGAGCGUCAUCUGAGUCUCCUGCAAGUAUUCAACUAUCAAUUUUCUUACCGUCGAGAGCCGAGGCACUGGCUUUGUUCCAUUUCUACCUCAAUCAUCUCGACUACCAAUACCACAUCAUCAUCCCCAGUCGCACGAAACGGGAUAUCGAAGCCAUAUACAACAGAUCUUCUGAAGAAGAAAUCAACCUGCAGCACUUUGCUCUUCUUUUCGCCAUAAUUGCGACAGCCUCGUUUCACCAGCUUUUGUCGACUGAUCCAGCCAGGCUCGCAGAGGCUUCCAGUUUUGAGGCAGCGUUCUUGGCAGGCGCGGCUUUGAUCCAGAGCGAUUAUCUUUCUUGUCCCAGUAUUGAAGGACUACAAGCGACGAUGAUCAUCGGGCACCAUUUGUCGAUUGCGACGCUCCAUCCGGCUGUCGGCUCACUGUUUUUGCAUGGGUCUCUGGUCAGUCAGGCUAAGAGUCUCGGGCUUCACACGGUCGACUCCCCGCUAUCAAAGAAGCUUCCAAAUGGGGGUGAUAGAACUUCAGCUGAGCUUAAGAGAAGACUCUGGUGGGACCUAGCUUCGUAUGACUGGCUACUAGGAUUCCUUAGCGGACCACAGGAGUGGACCUACACGAUUAGUCCCCAGCAAAUGAACGUACGCAGACCAUGGAACCUCGAAGAUGAAGACAUCGAAACGAGCGAAACGGAAUUGCCACUCUCAAAACCAACCUGCAUGUCCUAUACACUCCAGAGACUGCGAUUAGCUGAAAUAUGCCGCGAGAUCGUGGACAGUACUGCACCCAACCAUCUACAAGGAGUUCAAAUACCAUACGAUAUGAUCCUUUCUUUAGACCGUAAACUCCACGACGCAUAUGCCGAAAUCCCAGCCUUCUUCAGAUUCGAUCAAUCAUCUCAACGCAAAUUCGCCGCCCUCUAUCGCGACAGACCUACAAUUGCCUGGCAACGCGCCUUCAUUCAUCAAGGAUAUCACUCUCGUUUUUGUCGCUUACAUCGACAAUACUUUCUUCGCGGGGCCAAAGACCCUCGAUACUCGUAUUCGCACGUCGUGUCCCUUCAAUCAGCUCGCAAGGUGCUUGAGAUUAAACGAAUCAUGGACGAGGAGGAACCGGUGUUUGCGCCAAACAGCUCCUUAUUCUGGGCGGUGAUGCAUCAUGUUUUUAUGGCUGCAGUCAUCUUGCUUCUUGACGUCUGCUUCAAUUGGGAUGAUAUACUUGCCGACAAGCGGAAGGAUGAAGUUCUCGCCGCUUGUCGCAUGCUUAGUCGAGCGCAGCAGUCGUCUUCGGUUGCGAGAGAGGGAAUUGAUGCCAUGAUGGGGAUCUUGCGGAAACAUUGGAAAAAGGAAAGGAGACCGCAUGACGGGCAGUCUGAGCCCGUGAUCACUGGUCUCCACAAUCCAUCUUUCGAGCAGGUUCUUCAAACGGAUCGCCAGCUGUCCAAAGGUGCGGGAUCUGAGGCUCCCAGGAUAGAUUUCUCGGCAUCUGGCUUCGAGCACGUCCCGCUAGAGGAUCUAUGGUCCGAGAUUCUAGAUAGCAGCGGUGAUGUAGGACUGGGAACCCCUGACUGGAUGGACUUGCUGAAUGAAUUGACCAAUGCAACUUGCACCACCUGA